CAAGGAUUGGCUUAAUUGAAAUUUCUAUUUCCAAAGUCAUUUUCCUCCUUCUUCAUAGUUGUGCUAAACACUGUUUUCUGUAGCUCUACGUGUUGAACAAUGAGAAUCGCCUCAACACCACUCUUAUCAGUUUUAUUGAGCUUCUUUUUUGUAUUCUUAGGUUGGCCAACCUAUGUGAAAGCUACUGCCUUAACAUAUCGUUUGGGCAGCAACGAAAACGCCUGCUUUUACAUCUGGAAUGACAAACCAGGAAAGAAAGCUGGAUUUUAUUUUGCCGUCCAACAAGGUGGCUCUUUUGACGUAGAUUUCGACAUCACCGCACCUAAUUCCAAAACUGUAUUGCAGGGCGAGCAAGAAAAGCAGGGCGAUUAUGUCUUCACAGCAAAUCAGAUGGGAGAAUAUUCUUUCUGUUUCUUUAAUCAAAAGUCAAGUUGGGCUGAAAAGUUGAUUGACUUCGAAAUUGUGCUUGAAUAUGAACAACGUCCAGAAUACAAAGAGAACAGCAAUGAACAACCUGCCAAAGUCACUGCCAUUGAAGAAUCAUUAAUGCGUAUUUCAGGCUCUGUCACCAAUAUUUAUCGUACACAAAAAUACUUCCGUACCCGAGAAAACCGGAAUGCUGCCACCGUUAACUCCACUGAAAGCAGAAUUUUCUGGUUCGCCUUGUUAGAAAGUGCUGCAAUUGUUACAAUGGCCUGUUUGCAAGUCUUCGUUAUCAAGAACUUCUUUACUGUUAAGCGAGGAGGUGUUUAAAAUUAUAGCGGCAUCAUUAUAUGUAAACAUUCUUCACAUUAUACAUCAUCAACAAUAAAAUGAUAAAAUAUGAAAAUAUCAAUGGUCAAAGUCAUAUAAUUGUGUACUUUGGGCUUCGACCAAAUUUCAAUAUCGACCUUAGAAAAGUUGAUCAUUUCUAGCUUUAUAUCAGUCAAAAGGCACGGUCUCUGGAUAAAUUUUCUGGUCGCGUUCUCU